AUGUCGUCGGUGCCCGAACCACCGAGUGCAAUAGAAAACAAGUAUGUAGUGAAGAAGAAUUCAGCGCAGUUAGAGAAUACAGCCAAUAGCAAAUCAAUGUCAACUGUGAAACCUGCUAAAGAAGAAGUUCUGGCCUUGCCACGUCAGGAGCCACCUCAUCAGGCUUCAUCGAUGCAAAGUAAUGGUGUUUUAAAUGGAGCAGUCAUAAUAGAGGAGGAAACAGUUAACCAACCACCAACUGAAUUACAAAAAGCACAUGAAGAAUGGGAAGCCUUAGAGACAGUACAGCCAGGCCUUGAUGAAACAGGUUCUGGUCAAGAACCAAACAGAUCCAAAAUGAUCUCAUUUAAUGAAGUAUUAGGUUAUUUCCAGACAGCGGAUAUGAGUUCAUACAUGAAAAAAAUCAAACCAACUCAACACAGGACUGGGUUUGCGGCAUUCAAGCAUCUUAUAUUCGGACCUCCAAAGAUGAAUAGGAAUUUACAUGAGGAAAGAAACCUGAUAUUUGCUAUAGCACAGUGUCCGCUGGACAGUGGGGAGCAAAUUCACAAUAGAACUUUACAGACUAUUUAUAGAAAACUCACAGGCAGUACUUUUGACUGUCCUAGGUAUGGCAGUCAUUGGGAACAAAUUGGUUUCCAAGGAUCAGAUCCAGCAACUGAUCUCCGAGCGGCAGGCUAUUUUAGUUUAAUGACUCUUUUAUACUUUGUGAUGGAUCCAAGAACUCUACCGUUGGCUCGUGAUAUUUAUAGACUCUCGUUAAAUGAGGUGCAAAAUUUUCCUUUUUGUGUGAUGUCCAUUAACAUGACAAGGAUUUCAAUCCAGGCACUGCGAGAAGAAUGUCUGUCAAAGGAAUGUAACCGACGGCAACAGGUCUUUGGCGUAAUCAAUGAUUUCUUUGUCGGUACUUAUUUACAUCUUUACCUUAUAUGGAAAAAACAACACAAGACUAUUCGUGAUUCCGGAUUUGUGCUUAAAGAAGUAGAAACAUUUGCUAAGAAGAACCCUCGUAGCAUCAUCAGGAAUCUGGAAGCAUACUUAUCUGAGGGAAAACAUAACGCGGCAAAUGCUCAGAAACCCAAUGAGGAACCGAUGAGUUUUGCUGGAGUACAUGAAUUAGAUCACGAGGAAGAUAAUUAGAAAACCAAUAAUUCCAAGAAACCAGGAAUCUGAGAAAAUUCAUAUUUUAUUUGAAAUACUCUUUAUUUUUAAAACCUAUAGUUGAUCUUGUAAAUAUUUAAAUGGAACAAUUCAUUUUUAAAAUUUUUGUUGUCACAAGCUUGUCAAGUUUAGUCGCUAAACUUAUCUUUUUUUUUAUUAAAUGUAAACUGUGUUUUGUAUGUACAGAGUAAAUUAUUUGUUGCUAUGUGUUUAAUGAACUAUUUUCAUACCCUCGUUUAGUUGCCAACGAAUUACAUCAGCACACGUUUUGAUGAUGUCAUCAUUUCUAAACUGUGUACUGUGGUUAUUGGUGUUUGGUGUCAGCAAUGAUUUUGGUUUAUUUAGUGAGUCCCGAGGCUGAUUAUAGAAUAUUUAUCAUGUCAUAUUUUACUAUAAAUUGCAGCAGGUCUUUAUUCCAAUGAAUUAAUCCAAUUUUUGUCAAUGAAUUAUAGAUCUUCAUUUUCAAAAUGCAGAGAAAUAACUAUAUUCUUCUAUUCUUUAAAGGGCGGUGGUCGUCGCAUCGCACAUGUGCAAUAUUUAUGAUAAACAUUGAUUUCUCCCACAAUCCAAUGAGCUUUUCUAACGAUGACUCUUUUGAUACCUUCCAAGAAAUUACAUAUUUAAAACUUAGUAACGUCUCAGUUCUUACAUGUUAAUCUGCACAACAGUUAAAGUCGCCAUUUUUGUUCACCUUGCACAUGCGUGGGACGACAACCCCCGCCCUUUAAAGUUACAAUCCCACGUUGUAAUUCUGUGAGGUACCAUCUUCUGACUAAUAUGUACACAGUCAAAUGUUGAGAUUAUAGAUGAGUGAUGAAAAAUUAACUACAGAAUAUAAAUUAAGUGAGUCUCCUAAAUUAAGUUGGAUUUGCAAACAAUAUACAAUCACUGAGUUAGAAGACUUUAAUUGUCCAUGGAAGUCAGUUACUGUAAAAUACUUUAUUUGAACUGGAAUUAAAAUUUGUGGGUCUUUUCUAUGGAAUUUAUUUUCACUGAUUUUUCACAAGUUAUAGGAAAAAAGGUAUAUGCACUGGAUUUUAUUUUCACUGAAUCAUCCCUUCAGUGAAAAUAGCGAAAAUAAAGUAUUUUACAGUAAGACUCUGAACUUAAAAUGAAUGGGAAA